AUUGAGAUCCAAAUGUUUGACUUUUAGCCUUGUUACUUAAACUUAUAUAAUCUUGAAGUUUCUUCACUUGUUAAAAUCAUCAUCAUACUUUGUUUUUCUUGAGCGCGCUACAUGUUCAUAUUUUUAUUGUCAUAAAACAGUCGUGAUGGCUGAUCAAGACGACAAAGAUCUUGACGCGAAUCAGAAAAGUUUACCCUUUCUAGACGGUCAAACGCCGAAUGGACCUUACAUUCACAAGAUUGGUGUCCCUCCAAAACCAGAUCUUUUGAAAGAAUUCAAAACCACGGUGAAAGAAACGUUUUUUCCUGAUGAUCCAUUACGGUCCUUCAAAGAUCAACCAAGAUCAAGAAAGUUCAUCCUUAGCGCGCAAGCGAUUUUCCCAAUUCUUGAAUGGGGAAGAAGCUACAAUAUCACAAAGUUUAGAGGUGAUCUUAUUGCUGGACUCACCAUUGCUAGUCUUUGUAUUCCACAGGAUAUUGGUUAUUCAAAACUUGCAAAUUUGAAGCCACAAUAUGGAUUGUACUCGAGUUUUGUGCCGCCUCUAAUCUACGCGUUUAUGGGUAGUUCACGAGAUAUAGCUAUCGGGCCGGUGGCCGUGGUUUCUUUGUUACUUGGAACGCUUGUUCGAAGCGAAUUUAAUCCCGAUACUGAACCAGAUGAGUAUCUUAGGCUUAUAUUUACAGCUACAUUUUUUGCUGGGGUCACUCAAGCUACUCUUGGAGUUCUCAGAUUAGGGUUCUUAAUAGACUUUCUAUCGCACGCUGCUGUUGUCGGUUUUAUGGGCGGAGCUGCGAUCACCAUUGCGCUUCAACAACUCAAGGGCUUUCUAGGAAUCAGCACGAAACAUUUCACGAAGGAGACCGAUGUUAUUUCGGUGAUGAAAUCGAUAUUUGAAUCGGCUCAUCAUGGGUGGAACUGGCAGACGAUUGUUAUCGGAGCAAGUUUCUUGGCUUUCUUACUCGUCGCUAAGUACAUUGGAAAGAAGAACAAGAAACUCUUUUGGGUUCCUGCUAUCGCGCCUUUGAUCUCCGUUAUCUUAUCGACAUUUUUCGUGUACAUCACGCAUGCCAACAAGGAAGGUGUUGCAAUUGUGGGAAAGAUUGAUAAAAGAAUCAACCCUCCUUCACAUGACAAAAUCUAUUUUUCUGGUGACAAUCUACUUAAAGGAUUUCGAAUAGGCAUCGAGGCAGGCAUGAUCGCGUUAACCGAAGCCGUUGCAAUCGGAAGAACAUUUGCUUCAAUGAAAGAUUAUCAAGUAGACGGAAACAAAGAAAUGGUUGCACUAGGAACCAUGAAUGUCGUCGGCUCGAUGACAUCAUGCUACGUCGCAACAGGGUCGUUCUCUCGAUCGGCUGUGAAUUAUAUGGCCGGAUGCCAGACCGCGGUUUCAAACAUUGUGAUGUCGAUUGUAGUAUUACUAACGGUCAAAUUUUUAACACCGCUUUUUAAGUACACGCCAAAUGCGAUUCUGUCUUCGAUUAUUAUAUCGGCUGUCAUUGGGCUGAUUGAUAUCGACGCUGCGAUUUUGAUCUGGAAGAUCGACAAGUUCGAUUUUGUAGCGUGUUUGGGAGCGUUUCUUGGUGUUGUGUUUAAAUCUGUUGAAACCGGUCUUCUGAUUGCUGUCGCGAUAUCUUUUGCUAAGAUUCUUCUUCAAGUUACACGCCCACGAACUGCGAUUCUCGGAAAGAUUCCGAUGACUAGCGUUUACCGGAACAUCGGACAGUAUCCGGAAGCGAAUAAAAUUCCGGGUGUUCUAAUCGUCAGGGUUGAUUCUGCUAUUUAUUUCUCGAACUCAAAUUACAUCAAAGAAAGGAUAUUACGAUGGCUAACGGAGGAAGAAGAAAAUCUAAAAGCAACUUAUCAACCGAGGAUUCAAUUCUUGAUAGUCGAAUUGUCACCGGUUACUGAUAUCGACACCAGCGGAAUCCAUGCCUUCGAAGAGUUAUACCGGAGUCUGCAAAAGAGAGAUGUCCAACUUGUUCUUGCGAACCCGGGUCAACAAGUGCUAGACAAGCUAUACGCAUCGGGUUUCCCCGACUUGAUUGGUGAAAACAAGAUUUUUCUCACAGUUGCAGACGCAGUUCAUACAUGUUCGCCGAAGCUCGAUCAUGAGGUCUGAGUUAAUCCAGAAAAUGUAUACUGUAAAGUACAAGAAACAGAUUGAAAACCUAAUAAAGAUUUGUGUAUUACUUAAACGGGUCACAAAUUCACAAAGAUUCGAGUCGAAAACAUAGAUAUCGGACAACAAGAGAGAGGAGUACAAUGAAUAAAUAUAUGUUUCAACCUUUGGAUAUUGUUAGACUAUAUUGUUCAAGUUAGAAUCAUAUUUUAUAUAGUUAAUUGUAUAGGGUAUUAAACUGUAAUAUCCUGCUCUAUAUAUUGAGCCUUUAGUAUGUAAUCGUUAUUCAAUCAAUACACUUUGAAGACUCA